GCAGUGUGCUUAGUGCACACAUACAUCCAGUGUUUAUGAUCCAGAUUUCUUCAUGUACAAUUAUGUGACUGUCGUCAGUCCCGAUGGUGGCGUCCGAAUCGUUUAGCAUCCGGGGAAUAUUUUCCCCCCAACGGAAGGGCACAAUGCCAAAUCGUUGGGAAGCAAGUUGUGGUUGAGUGGUUUAGUGGGCUACAUGGAUCAAUGAAGGCACAGGUCAUCGCUAGUGUGUCUGGCUCCGUCUGCAAAGCGCACCUACCUCUCGCUCAAGACACCCUACGCUACACUCGCAAAACCCCCUCUCGAGUGGCCCCCAACAUGGAAGCACGAACGUUCGAGUAUAAGAUCGCCGACGGCGCCCCCAUCUUGGCGGACGUGCACUGGAAGGCGAAGGACAGCAGUGACAAUAUUGAGGAACCGGUGAAUGGUCGCCCGGUCGCUGUGGUGUUCCACCAAGGCGGCUUCAUCCUAGGCUCCAAGAACCUGAUCCCCAAAGCACAAAUCCGCUCGCUCACAAACCUCGGCUUCGUGGUCGUGGUCGCCAAUUACCGCCUCUGCCCACAGGUCAGCGUCUACGACGGCCCGUUCGAAGACGCCAAAGACGCGCUUGAAUGGAUUCGAAACGACGUCAACCGCCUGCUUUCUGAGAACUCGGAGCGAGCACCCACAGUCGACCCCACCCGCGUGGUCUCGAUCGGCUACUCCGCCGGCGGCACCCUCGCCCUCCUCCUCGGUACCCUCGCGCACCCCGUCCGUGCCGUGCUCGAUUUCUACGGCGGGAAAGUGUUCACCGACCCCUCCUGGACCCAACCCCUCCCCGGGUUCCUCAAACGCCCCCCACCCGACGAAGCCUACGCCAAGAAGGUGUUUGCCGAACCCACCAUCUCGGCUACCGAGGUGAUCCCGGGGAGCACGGCGCCGCCCACCCCGCGCGCCAGCUGGAUGACGCUUACGGCCCAGCGAGGCACGUGGUUGCGUGAGGUGGUCAAGGACGGGAAGUAUGACCGGGUCGACCCUGUCGCGUUGGCCACUGCGGCGGCGGCGGAGGGCAAGACGUUCCCACCCACGUUCAUCAUCCACGGCACCGCGGACGAAUACCUCCCGUACCAUCUGAGCGUGAUCGCGAAAGAGAAGUUAGAGGCGCUGGGAGUCGAUGUGACGUUGGUGCCUGUGGAGGGCAAAGAUCAUCUGUUUGAUUUGGUGCUGACGGAGGAGGAUGAGUUGUAUAGGGAGACGAUCGCGAAGGGGUUUGAGUUCCUUGCUAAGCGGGUGUAGGGACGUGGUGGGGCGUAUCUACGUAUGUGUAGCACAUUCAACUU